AUGUCUAUGCUUGAUAUAGCUACAAAAUUAUCUUUUUGGGGACCAGUUACUCUAUUUGCAUUGGGAAUUCCAGGAGCUUUAAUUAAUGGAAUUCUUUUUAUUGGAAUUAAAACAUUUCGUCAAUCUCCAAGUUCUUAUUAUGUUGUCGGUCAAUCAUUAUUCGAUAUUGCCGCUUUAUUAAUUCUUUUUCUUCCAAUUUUUCCAUCAUUACCGCUAAUGUCUUCUAAGAUUUCAUGUAGAUUAAUGGUCUUCUUUAGUGAAGUCACAGUACCAUGCGCAAUGAGUUUUUUAUGUUUAGCUGCAUUUGAUCGAUGGGCAUGUACAUCCAGAUCAGCUCGAAUACGACAAUUAAGCUCAAAAAAUAUUGCUCGUUGUCUUUUUCCAAUGCCUUUUCUUUUUUGGUCAUGCGUUAAUGCACCUUAUCUUAUUUUUGUUGAUUAUGUUCCUCAACUGUCUAGUUGUUGGUUUACUAAUGACCUCUUCCAACAGAUAGCUACCUAUUUUCUUACACCUUUUAUGGUUGCUUUGCUUCCACUUAUUAUUCUAGUUAUAUUUGGUAUUCUUACACAUCGAAAUAUUCGUCUUAUCAAGCAUAUGCAUAUUCAACAAAAUCAAGCUCGAAAUCGUUUAUCACAAUGGGAACAACAAAUGACAAGAAUGAUGAUUGCACAAACUUGUAUAAGUAUUAUAUGUAUCUUACCUCAGCUUAUCGGGCUGCUUUAUUCGGUGGCUACUCUUAAUACACGUGCAAUGCGAAGUUAUGAUCAAGUUGUACUUGAAUAUUUAAUUGGUCAAAUAACAACAUUUAUUAUAGGUAUAAAUUUUGCAUCAUCAUUCUAUAUAUUUUUUCUUUCUUCACCACGUUUUCGAAAGUCAAUCAAAACGUAUUUAAAACAACUUAUUCAAGUGAGAGAUAAUCGAAUUGGCAUCAUGGAUGCUUCUUUCACGGCACAAAAUGCCGUUACACAACAUCAAGAUAAACACCAUUAA